GCUCUGGCUCCAGGCUGGAUGCUCCCGUGGGGCCCCUGAUGCCGACACAGGUCACUCGUGUCACUGCGUUGUCUGCACCGGCAGUGACCUUCAUGGCAACCAACCUGAUGGAUCAGACACUGCCAGACCAUGGCAAGGACUCGAGCCGAUCCUCGUGCCCCCCAACGCUGAUCUUGCACACGGAGAGGAAGAGUGUACCCGCGGCCAGCAACGGCAGCAAGGAUCAUUCUUUUAAACUAGUAAAUGAGGAUGACAGCACAUCCAACGGCAACAAGCCUGUGGCAUCCACACCAGUGCCAGGAUCCCCAUGGUGUGUGGUCUGGACUGGAGAUGACCGAGUGUUCUUCUUCAACCCCACGAUGCAGCUGUCAGUGUGGGAGAAGCCUCUGGACCUGAAGCACCGUGGGGACAUCAACCGCCUCAUCGAGGACCCUCCCCACAAGCGCAAGUUGGAAGCUGCAGCAACAGACAAGUGUGUUAGUUCCUGUCCAGAGUAUGAACACGAUGAUCUGAGCAUCAAAACGAAGAGAAAUAAAACAGAAGAUGCCCAGGCUGCUGGCCGGGAGAGGGCUGAAGCAGUGGAGAGAAGUGAGGAGACGUCAGCCCCUGGGCUCACCCCACCGCUGGAAGAACGAAUCACUCACUUCCGAGACAUGCUGCUGGAGAGAGGGGUUUCAGCCUUUUCUACAUGGGAAAAGGAGUUGCACAAAAUCGUGUUCGACCCGCGGUACCUCCUGCUCAACUCUGAGGAACGCAAGCAGAUAUUCGAGCAGUUUGUCAAGACCAGGAUCAGAGAGGAGUACAAAGAGAAGAAAAACAAAUUGUUGUUAGCCAAAGAAGAGUUUAAAAAGCUUCUUGAGGAAUCCAAGCUCUCACCAAGGACGACGUUCAAGGAGUUUGCAGAGAAGUAUGGCAGAGACCAACGCUUCCGCCUCGUGCAGAAGAAGAAGGACCAGGAGCAUUUUUUCAACCAGUUCAUGCUUAUUCUCAAAAAGAGGGACAAGGAAAACAGGAUAAGGCUAAGGAAAAUGAGAUAA